GGUUAAAUUUUGGCUUCUUAGAAAUCCCCAACACCAGUUCUAUGCUUCCCGCACUUCAACACACUCCAUCUCUUCUCCCAUAGCUUUCACUUAAAAAAAUUCUCAAGUUCGAAUCUCCCUUCAGGUUUGCCUGUUUGGCCUUCCAGCCUCGCCUAAAUCAUCGUUUGACAACCGAGAAACAGCACCUGAGCCUCCCCGAUCUCCCAUGGACCUCAACAUGAACCUCAACAUCUCAAGUACCUUUCAGUAUUGGCUUGUGAAGCACCCAGCCAUCCUGCACUUCUCAUGGAGCCCUAGUGAAACCCCGGCCUCAAGCCCACUCUUCGUAUCCCUAACUAUCAUCUCCUACCUCCCCCUCACUUUCCUCCUCUCCCACCUCCCUCUCCCACUUAUCAAACCCCGGCGCCUCAAACCCAUCACCGCCAUCCACAACCUCAACCUCCUCCUCCUCUCCCUCAUCAUGGCCGUUGGUUCCCUGGUCACCAUCUUCUCCUACCCCCCUUACCCUUUCUGGAUCAUCUGCUUCCCACCCAAAACCCCACCAACGGGGCCUUUAUUCUUCUGGGCCUACAUCUUCUACCUCUCCAAAAUCUACGAGUUUGUGGACACCUUCCUGAUCAUCCUUAGUGGGUCCUUUCAUCGGCUGACAUUCCUCCACGUGUACCAUCACACAAUGGUGCUGGUCAUGUGCUACAUUUGGCUCUACACCUCACAGUCUCUGUUCCCGGCGGUGAUCGCAGCAAACGCCACGGUGCACGUGGUGAUGUACACCUACUACUUGCUGGCUGCGCUUGGGGUGAGGCCUAAGUGGAAGAGGAGGGUCACCGAGUUUCAAAUAUUUCAGUUCAUGUCAAGCUUCGUGGGGUUGGUUUGGAUGCUCAUCUAUCACUUUAACGGGUCGGGUUGCUGCGGGAUCUGGGGAUGGUGCUUCAAUAUUUUUUUCUAUGUUUCUCUUUUGGCUUUGUUCAUGGACUUCCAUGCUAAGAGUUAUGGCAGCUCCAAGAAGGAUUUGUGAUCAUGAUGAUGAUGAUGUGGACAAAUCUACGGCUAAUUAUGAUCCUUAUUUGAUCUGAACGAUCAAGAGAUCAAGUAGUUCCCUUGAAUGUGUUUUGUGUUAUUGAUAUAUAUAAUAUAUGCAUGUUACGUUGCAUCAAUUAA